GAUGGAGGCGUCGUGGUCGUCCUCGUCCUCCUUGGCGGCGCCGUGGUCUCCGGCUUUCUGGCGGCGCCUGUCCGGGCCGGAGGAGGCGCGGGCGCUGGAGCUGCUGAGCUACGGGCUGGCGGGCUGCAUGGCGGCGGCGGCGGUGCUGGGGCGCACCGUCCGCGUCCCCUACGGGCGCUACUCCUCGGCGCUGCUGGGCGGCUCGGCGCCGGCCCGCCUGGCCUGGGCGGUGCAGGAGGCGCCCGCCUUCCUCCUCCCGCUCCUCCUCGUCCUCCGCAGCGACGGCGCCCAGCUCCACCGCUGGCCCAACCGCCUCCUCCUCGCCCUCUUCCUCGCCCACUACGCCUACAGGGCAUUCGUCUUCCCUUUCUUAAUUCGUGGAGGAAAGCCAACACCGAUCAUUACUUGUGCACUAGCCUUUGUCUUCUGCUGUUGUAAUGGAUACUUGCAAGGCCGGAGUUUGAGUAACUACGCAGAAUACCCAACGAGCUGGUUGAAAGAGCCGUGUUUCAUUCUAGGUAUUGCAGGGUGGAUUGGCGGCCUACUGAUUAAUAUACAUUCGGAUAAUAUUUUAAUAAAUCUCAGGAAACCAGGAGAGACAGGCUACAAAAUACCGAGAGGAGGAGUGUUUGAAUAUGUCAGCGGAGCAAACUUCUUUGGAGAGAUCAUCGAAUGGUCUGGGUUUGCUCUCGCUUGUUGUACGGUGGAAAGUGCCGUUUUUGCCUUCAGCACGUUUCUGAUCUUGAGUACCCGAGCGCAGCAGCAUCACCAGUGGUACCUUGAAAAGUUUGAAAACUACCCACAAUCCAGGAAGAUUGUGAUCCCAUUUGUGUACUAAGUGCUUCCUAAUGUUCUCGGCUAAUUCUGAAUAAUUUCUCUUUCGGAGUGGCAGCUGUUCUGAACAAUAAAUGUUGGCUAAUGGGUUCUUCUGCAAUUCUGGUGCUCCAGGGGAACUCUUAUUAAUGCAGAGGUUCUGUCAAAGGAUGUCACAACAACAUGUCCGGUUGGCCAUUGUUUACUUGAAACUCCCUAUUGACAAAGUCUUGGUUGGUGAACCUAAUAAAGUUUCAGGAACCCACACUCCAUACACCCACACUCCAUACACCCAGGGGUGCAUGGCAUCAUUUAUUUGCUGGUGACCAUUGGUCGUGGGGAGGGAUUUAGACUUGCAGCACAAGAUACAGAUUAAAAUGUAAAAUCAGCUACACGUUUCACACUGUAAAACAACCAGUUAUAAAAUCAUCAGAAGGUGGGCUGGCCUUAACAUCAUUAGAUAAGAUGGUUUCCGCUAACCACAGUAAAUUUAUUUCUCAUUUUUGUGCUGCCAAGGGAGUGACGAAAGGGGUUUGUGUCCUUCAGCAAAAAGAAGAGUUUCCCAUAGCCUUCCCUAUGUUAGGUGUACCCCCUAGAAAUUCUCUUCAAUAUCUUUAUGAACCUACCUCAGAUUUAACAUUUCCUCACCGGCUAUAUCCUGUGUAACCCCCCC